AUGGACGAGGCGCGCCGCUUCUUCCUGCAGCUGCCCAAAGCGGAACUCCAUGCCCACUUGAAUGGCUCUAUCAGUUCAGAGACGAUGAAGAAAUUAAUGGCGCUGAAGCCGGAUCUUUGGGUUCAUGAUGGGAUGACCGUGAUAGACAAGGGCCAGAAAAGGAGCUUGGAAGAAUGCUUUGAGAUGUUCCAGAUCAUCCAUCAAGUGACCAACAGGACGAAAUAUAUUGAUGGUAACCAAGGAUGUUAUUCGGGAGUUUGCUGCAGAUGGCGUCAAAUACCUGGAGUUAAGGAGUACACCCAGAGAGGAACAAACCACAGGUAUGACCAAGCAGACGUGGAAGCUGUCCUUGAAGGUAUAAAGCAGUGCAAGGAAGAAGCAGUGGAUAUAGAUGUUAGAUUUCUAAUCUCAGUGGAUCGAAGAGGGACGGCUGUAAAGCCGAGGGAACCCGUGAAACUGGGAGGAGUUUUGCUGUCCACGGAUGGUGUGGUGGUAGGGCUGGACCUCAGUGGAAAUCCGACACCAGGACACGGCAAGGAUUUGGAACCCCUCUUGGAAGCCAAGAACAGGGGCCUGCGGCUGGCUUUGCACCUGUCGGAGGUCCCCGGCCAGGACGAAGAGACCAAACUCCUCCUGGGCCUGCCUCCUGACCGAAUCGGGCACGGCACCUUUCUUCAUUCUUCGCCGCCGGCGUCUGAGGGGCUCGUUCAACUCGUCAGACAACAUCGUGUUCCUCUUGGUAAGAAAUGGACGUGGAGCAGAAGGCUUGAAGAUGUCGGGAUUCAACCUUUCCCUUGCAGCUGCCUCUAA